CAAACCCCAAUCUCUUAAGCCCCUCUUAAACCUCCACCUUAUCAUCCCAUUUCACCUCCACCACCACCACCACCACCGUCACCACCGCAGCUUCCACCGUCUCAUUGUAUCAAAAUGCCGCACCAAUUGAACUGAAAAAAACAUCUCUUCUACCUCAUACUUGAUAAUGGCAACUGUGGACAUAUCUACCCCUCUUGUCUUCAAACUCAACCGCCACACUUCCACCUCCAAACUCUCUAAUUUCUUCAAUCUCAAACAUCCUUUUCUCUUCAAUUACCACAAACACACUCGUCGGCGCCGCCCAUUCUCAAUUUCCGCAACAGCAGCUUCCAUUUCCAUUCCUACCCCCACCACCGCAAGAACAACUCUCCCUGCUCAUUUCAAACCCCAGAAGGGCAACAUUGCCAAUGAUCAUCACCAAGACUCCAUUUCCAUCCUCAACGAAAGAAUUCACCGCGAGUAUAGCCGAAGAGAAGCCACCUCCAGACCUCUACUGGACUCCAAGGAGGCUGAAAAGUACAUAAAAUUGGUGAAGGAGCAGCAGCAGAGAGGCUUACAGAAGUUGAAAGGGGAGAGGGAGAAUAGUAAAGGGGGUUUUAGUUAUAAGGUUGAUCCUUAUUUGCUAAUUUCUGGGGAUUAUGUUGUUCAUAAGAAAGUUGGAGUUGGGAGAUUUGUUGGGAUUAAAUUUGAUGUUUCAAAGAAUUCUAGUGAGCCUAUUGAGUAUGUUUUUAUUGAGUAUGCUGAUGGUAUGGCUAAGCUUCCCCUUAAACAGGCUUCAAGGAUGUUAUAUCGUUAUAGCUUGCCAAACGAAAAUAAAAGGCCUCGAGCUCUGAGUAAAUUGAAUGAUACUAGUACAUGGGAGAAGAGAAAGACGAAAGGGAAAAUUGCAAUUCAGAAAAUGGUUGUUGACUUAAUGGAACUGUAUUUACAUAGGCUGCGACAAAGAAGACCUCCCUACCCGAAAAGCCAUGCCAUUGCUGAAUUUACUUCUCAAUUUCCAUAUAAAGCCACCCCUGAUCAGAUACAGGCUUUCAGUGAUGUUGAAAGGGAUUUGACUGAGAGAGGAACUCCUAUGGAUCGGUUAAUAUGUGGAGAUGUUGGAUUUGGUAAAACAGAAGUUGCUUUACGCGCCAUCUUUUGUGUGGUCUCAACAGGAAAGCAGGCUAUGGUUUUAGCACCGACAAUUGUUUUAGCCAAACAACAUUUUGAAGUUGUUUCAGAGAGGUUUUCCAAUUAUCCUCAUAUCAAGGUUGGACUUCUAAGCCGAUUUCAGACCAAAGCAGAAAAAGAGAUGUAUUUCAACAUGAUAAAGAAUGGUGAUUUGAACAUUGUUGUAGGGACUCACUCGCUCCUUGGAAGUCGUGUUGUGUAUAAUAAUCUAGGUCUUCUUGUGGUUGAUGAAGAACAGAGAUUUGGAGUUAAACAGAAGGAGAAGAUAGCUUCUUUCAAGACUUCAGUUGACGUCCUUACUCUUUCUGCAACACCUAUACCACGGACGCUUUAUUUAGCAUUGACUGGAUUUCGUGAUGCGAGUUUAAUUUCAACUCCACCUCCUGAAAGAGUUCCUAUAAAAACCGCUCUUUCAGCAUACAGCAAAGAAAAGGUAUUAUCAGCAAUCAAAUAUGAGCUCGAUCGUGGUGGCCAAGUAUUUUUUGUUUUGCCUCGUAUAAAAGGGCUUGAAGAAGUCAUGAGUUUUCUGCAAGAGUCAUUUCCAAAGGUUGACAUAGCUAUUGCACAUGGAAAGCAAUACUCAAAGCAGCUUGAAGACACCAUGGAUAAAUUUGCACAAGGUGAAAUUAAGAUUCUCAUAUGCACAAACAUAGUGGAAAGUGGACUUGACAUCCAAAACGCAAACACCAUCAUAAUUCAGGAUGUUCAGCUAUUUGGCCUGGCACAGUUGUAUCAGUUACGUGGAAGAGUGGGCCGGGCAGAUAAGGAAGCUUAUGCACACUUAUUUUACCCAGAUAAAUCAUUGCUGACUGAUCAGGCAUUGGAAAGGCUUAAAGCUCUUGAAGAAUGCAAAGAACUUGGACAAGGCUUCCAACUUGCAGAGAGAGACAUGGGCAUAAGAGGCUUUGGGACCAUAUUUGGUGAGCAACAGACUGGGGAUGUUGGGAAUGUAGGAAUUGAUCUCUAUUUUGAAAUGCUUUUUGAGAGUUUAUCAAAGGUUGACGAACACCGUGUAAUUCCGGUUGCUUAUCACUCCGUACAGAUUGAUUUAAACGUGAAUCCUCAUCUUCCGUCGGAUUACAUAAAUUAUCUGGAGAACCCUAUGGAAAUUAUUGGUCAAGCCGAGAAAGCUGCAGAGAAAGAUAUAUGGAGCUUGACGCAAUUUACAGAGAAUCUGCGUCGGCAGUUCGGAAAGGAGCCCUACUCCAUGGAAAUUCUGUUGAAGAAGCUUUAUGUAAGGAGAAUGGCUGCAGAUCUUGGGAUUACAAGAAUCUAUGCUUUAGGAAAGAUGGUCGGCAUGAAAACAAAUCUGAGUAAAAAGGUUUUUAAGCUGAUGAUAGAUUCAAUGACAUCAGAUGUUCAUCGAAACUCUCUAGUAUUUGAUGGAGACCAAAUAAAGGCAGAACUUCUUCUGGAGCUUCCGCAAGAACAACUGCUAAAUUGGAUCUUUCAAUGCUUGGUAGAACUUCAUGCUAGCCUUCCCGCCCUUAUAAAGUAUUAAGUCGGUGUACAGAAUCAGCCGCUCAGUUAUGACUUUCCCGCUCUAAACUAACUAGUAACCAUUCUAUAGUUCUGUUGAUGAAUAUAAAAAGGGAAACUAUGCACAUCAAAUCGCAAGACUUUUGCGUUCAUUCAAUUCUGGUUUGAAAUCUACACGAGGCUGUUUUAAAAAUGAGAAUCAAGAACAAGCUCCAAGAUUCCAUAAGCAUGCGAAUCGCAAGGGUCGCUGUGUCAGUGGUAUUUCUUCAUCCAAGAGGAAGUUUUCACCCUUCCUGCAGAAUAAAGACACCGCCACUUAUGCAGUACGAGCAAGAUCUAGUCCCCGGAUUCUGAAAGAGAAGUGCAACAAUGUUUUUGUCUGACAUCAUUAAUGCAAAGAAGCUUUAGCAUGGUUGAUUUGCAGAACCCAUCUGGAAAUGGGUCCUCUCAAAAAGAAUGUGAAUUUUAGUUGUUUUGGAGUAUGUGCGUGUACAUCAAAUAUUUUACAGAAUUUCCUGGAAAAUACUCGAAGUUGGCUGAUUGUUUUGAGCAUGUUUGGCGUUAUAAAUGGGACUAUUUUUGUUUUCAAUAUUAUUGUUAGCAGCGAGUAAAGCGAUACAUACGGUGAGAAGGUGUUCAUCUAGAUGUUCGAGUGUGUCUCCUAAUUUCUCGACUCGAAGAUUUAUUAAAAAAAAAGAUGAAAAAGUAGAUAUGUAAGUAGUAGUUGGUUGAUGAAUGGAUGUGGAGACACAACUCAGCAAAUGCCAUGUUUUCUCAUUGUCCGGUUUGUUUCUUUGCUUUUUUUUUGUUUUUCCCUAUUUAUUAAGGGAGGAUUUGAUGGAGAUCAUUAGGAUGAACAAAUGGUGGAUUUGAUUACACUGACCAAUAUAAUAAAAACAGAACUAUUUUGUCUUUUUAA